AGACGACGCCUGCGCAGUGGCCGCCGCCGGCAGGCUGGCUGACGCUGGCGGGUUGAGGGAGUUCCUGGGGGUGGCUGUCACCGCCCCGUUUUUCUCCCGAUGGUGCUCUCCUGAGGCCAAGCACCCAGCGGGCGUCGCUCCGGGAUGGAGCACAUCCGGACGACCAAGGUUGAACAAGUAAAGUUACUUGACCGGUUUAGUACGAACAACAAGUCACUGACGGGAACACUGUAUCUGACAGCCACACAUCUGCUGUUCAUUGACGCUCAGCAAAAGGAAACCUGGAUACUUCACCACCAUAUUGCCUCCGUGGAGAAGCUGCCUCUGACCACUUCUGGGUGCCCGCUUGUGAUUCAGUGCAAGAACUUCAGGACUGUGCACUUCAUUGUUCCCAGAGAAAGAGACUGCCAUGACAUCUAUAACUCUCUGCUGCAGCUGUCCAGACAAGCAAAAUAUGAAGAUCUCUAUGCAUUCUCUUAUAAUCCCAAGCAAAAUGAUUCCGAGCGACUAAAUGGUUGGCAGCUUAUUGACCUUUCUGAGGAAUAUGAGAGGAUGGGCGUGCCCAAUGCAAACUGGCAGCUGUCUGAUGCCAACCGAGAAUACAAGGUCUGUGAGACUUACCCAAGAGAGCUGUAUGUUCCACGGACAGCCAGCCGGCCAGUGAUCGUGGGCAGUUCCAACUUCCGGAGCAAGGGCAGACUUCCGGUCCUGUCCUACUGCCGGCAGGGCACCGAGGCUGCCAUUUGUCGCUGUAGCCAGCCAUUGUCAGGCUUCAGUGCCAGGUGCCUGGAGGAUGAACAUUUGCUUCAAGCCAUUAGUAAAGCCAACCCAGGAAACCGUUACAUGUAUGUUGUGGAUACCAGGCCCAAGCUCAAUGCAAUGGCUAACAGAGCAGCCGGAAAAGGUUAUGAAAAUGAAGACAACUAUUCUAAUAUUAGAUUUCAGUUUGUCGGAAUAGAAAAUAUUCAUGUCAUGAGAUCCAGCCUUCAGAAGUUACUGGAAGUGAAUGGCAGCAAGGGGCUUUCUGUCAACGAUUUCUACUCUGGAUUGGAGAGCUCAGGGUGGCUUCGCCAUAUCAAGGCUGUUUUGGAUGCGGCAAUCUUCUUAUCCAAAGCAAUAGUGGUUGAAAAUGCAAGCGUGCUGGUACACUGUUCGGACGGGUGGGAUAGGACCUCCCAGGUUUGCUCCCUCGGCUCCCUCUUGUUGGAUUCCUACUACAGAACAAUGAAAGGAUUCAUGGUUUUAAUAGAAAAAGAUUGGAUAUCAUUUGGGCAUAAAUUUUCAGAGAGGUGUGGCCAUUUGGAUGGUGACCCAAAGGAAGUCUCACCGGUGUUUACUCAGUUCUUGGAGUGUGUGUGGCAUCUCACUGAGCAGUUCCCACAAGCCUUUGAGUUCAACGAAGCGUUUCUUCUUCAGAUCCAUGAGCACGUACAUUCAUGCCAAUUCGGGAACUUCCUUGGCAACUGUCAGAAGGAAAGAGAGGAGCUCAAGUUGAAGGAGAAGACCUACUCCCUGUGGCCCUUUCUUUUGGAUGACAAGAAGAAGUACUUAAAUCCUCUCUAUAGUUCCAAAUCUCAGAGAUUGACAGUCUUGGAGCCAAAUACGGUCUCUUUCAAUUUUAAGUUUUGGAGAAACAUGUACCACCAGUUUGACCGGACGCUCCAUCCUCGGCAGUCUGUACUGAACAUAGUUAUGAACCUGAGUGCGCAGAACAAGCAGUUAGAGGAAGACAUUAGAGAUCUAGAGUCUAAAAUUAAACAAUACAAAAAUGGCAUCCUAACGAAGGACUUGCUUCAUGCUGUUCACCCUGAAUCGCCUCCCCUCAAACCCUCCCUGUGUCUGAAAGAGCAGAGUCUGCUUCCGGUGAACGACACACUGCGAGCUAUAGAGGGCAGCAGCCCAGCAGACAAUCGGUACUGUGACUACAGCGAGGAGUUUUCUAAGUCGGAGCCUGCCGUGGUCAGCUUGGACUACGGCGUGGCCAGAAUGACUUGUUAGCCUCCCUCAGCGUCUCCUGGUGACCGUGCUGUAGGGAUGUGUGGUUGUGAGGAUGCGCUGGACACAUGGGCAGGGGGAUUUGUUGACUAACUUCGGGGCUUAGCAGAGGAUGGGUAGUUGAGAAAAGGAUCUUAAUGGCUCUUGAGAGGACGAAGGCA